AUGACUGGAAUGUUGAGUAGACUGGAUAGUAAUAUAUCUUCACCUGAACUUGAAAAUAAUGAAUUAUAUAUUACAAAGUAUAUAAUAGUUAAAACAAUUAUUUAUUCAUUAACACCAAUUGAAUAUCCGCCAACAAGUGAAGAAGGUGUUGCUAUCAUUUAUCAUAUUCAAGAAUGGAAUUAUAAAGAAGCUGCAUUUACAGAUAUUCAGUAUUCUAUAGGCAAAUCUUGUGGAGGAAAUAAUACAAUUUAUUUCUAUCUUGGCGAUGUUGCUAUAACAAAAAAGAUAGAACCUGUUAGGGAAAAUGAAAUGCAAUGUACUGGAAAACUAGUACUAAAAUGCUUACGACGACAUGAUGAAACAACUUCACCAGUUUACUUUAUUAGUUGCAUCAGAUGGAAACCAAAUGAAAAAUUUCAUCGAUAUAUUAGUCUUAAAGAAAAUAUAAAUAUUGAUUUGCUUUGCCAACUUCUGAACGGAUUGUAUGAGGGUAUUCAUUCCCAUCCAUUACCUCUGCCUAAUCAUGUACCAAUUACUAUUCGUUCUCGAUUACAAGAAUUAAUCCAUCAAGCUGAUACUAAUGCAACAGAUAUUACACCAACACAAAUAAUGAUAA